UUUCUCGACGGGAUUCUAUUCAUAUAUAUCGAGAGAAUCGUUUUUUUUUCGCUCUACUUGUGUUUAAAUUAUUUCACCAUUUCUUCGCCUUACGAUGGUGCAAAAGAAGAUGCAUCAGCCGGAAAUGCGUGCAACGUAUCUUUUCAAACCCGGACAAACGUUCGAAAAUACAAAACCGUCCGAAAGAACUCGGGCGUUAAUAAUGCCGAGAAGCACUUAUCAACGGUUUGUGGAUUGUGUCACGGAAGAGGAUCGAAUGGCGGCACAACAAGAACAGCAAGCUGCGAAACUUGCGGCGCUGAAAAAAGCGACUUAUGAAAAAAGUAAAACGUGGGAUACCAAAAUAGAAAAUAUAAAGGCGAGAAAAAUGAAAGAGCUGUUAUCAAAGAAGCGUAAGGAUGAGGAGGAAAGAGAGGUGUUCGUGAAAGAAAUGGCGAAGAAGAAAGCGACGGAGCGUGCAGAGGUGGUGCAGCAAGCGCGGAAGUUGCUCCUGGAGAAGAAACCGUUGUGUCGGCGAAUUAAUCGCGCUCUUCUCGUCUCCGAGUGUCUACGUGAACUCGACGCGCAAGUAUCGCUCCAGAAGACUAUUAGAGCGAUGGACAAAGAACUGGAUGCGGAAUACGCUAAUUCGAUUAAAGCGAACGUCGCGCAAUACGAGGAGCAGAAAAAGCAAGAAGCGGAUGAGCAAGCGAGAAAGAUCAGAGAUUACGGAAUGGAACUAAAAAAACGAAUCGAUGAGAACGAAGAGGACAAGAAACAGAAAGCCACGGAAGAACUGAAGGCUGAAAAACAGGAACAGAGAUAUAUGGCUCGAGACAUGCAACUGAUGAGGGAAAAAGAAAUGCAAGACAUAUUAAGUAAAAAGAAGAAACUCCAGAAGUUUUUCAAAGAAGCAAUAGAAGAGAAGAAACGAUUCGAACUAGAACUGCAGCGUGAGGAGGAGCUUGAGGAUCGAGUGAUACAGGUUUAUCGAAAAACUAAAGACCGAAUAGAGAAUCUUCACAAAUCGUUAAAGCUGAAGGAAAAAGAGGAGAGAAAGCAGCGAGAGCAGAUUACAAUGAAAGAAUAUAACAAUAGAAUAAUUGAACGCGCUAAUGAUCGAGAGAAACAGGAGCAAAAGAUGAUCGAGAAAGCUGUGGAAGAGAAAGAAGCGACCGAGGCGGAAAAGCGAAAAGCGCGAGAGGAACGAGAAAAAACAAUGCGCGCCCUUAUGGAUGAGUUCAAGCUUCAAGAUGCGGCUGUAAGAGAGGAACGAAAACAGAAGGAGAAGAUUUUGAAGGACUGGGAGAUGAUGCAGAGAUUUAAAAGAGACGAGUAUAACAAACAAACCGAUUUGGACGAGCGCAAGCAGCAGUGGCAACAAAAGUUGAAAUACAGAGACGAAUUACGAAAAAUUGCUGAGGAAAAGCAACUAGAAAAGAAGCACGAGGAAAACGUUCUCGAAGCUGAAGCCACGAAUUUGAAAGCCGCGAUUGAAAGAACGAAUCAGAGGAUCUUACAAUAUGGCGACGAAGUUUUGCAAGAAUCGAAAUGUGUGAGACCGCUUUAUCCGAUUGUCAGAGCCAUAGAGGAAUGCAAAAAAGAAAUGGGUUUAAUCCCGCCGAAGAAAAUCGAAGAAAAAGUGACACCGAAGAAAAAAUACAGAAACCGUCGUGUUUGCAGGAAGUCUGUUCCAGCCGAAAAAAUAUAUUAUUUCCAGUAACUACUGUGUUCGUGCGCACGCGCGCGCAAUAAACAAAAAUAACGUGUAUCUCGCAUGUUUGCAUAUUAUUAUCACGCGAUUCACGCGCUUCGUCCGCUUACUUACAGUGUCAUUCGAUCGAAUCAUUCGCGCACUCACGUGUCGCACGCGAUCGAACUUCCGCGUGACUCAAUUGCGUAGCGACUUUAUUGCGCGGAUAUCGAUAACGACAAAACUGUGCACACUUUUAGCUACUCUCGCGAAAGUUUAAAUACUCUCACGAUCAUUUCUCGCGCCCAAAGUGCUCAUUACGCGUCAAAAUUCUCGUUUCUCAACGAAACGACUAAAUAAGUUGUCUUAAAAACAGGUUUCUCGAGAAACACGGCUUCGUUUUAUAUCUUCGUUAUCGCGUGCACGUUCAAUUAACAAGAUGCGUAAAUUGUCAUUAAGAGAGAUUUUAUCUUUUUAUGAGAUUAUUUCAGUGUAAACAUAU